AUGGCGAGCUGGUUCCCUCCUCCUUCAUGCUCCCUCCUGCUCCUGCACUUGCUCGUCGUCGUGGCACUGCUGGUCCCGUCACAUGGGUCGUCCUCGAAUGCCACCGACACGCUCACGGCGAGCCGGCCGCUCUCCGGGGACCAGAAGUUGAUCUCGCAGCGCGGCAAAUUCGCGCUCGGGUUCUUCCAGCCUCAAGCUGAAGGAUCUGGAGGCAGGUGGUACGUGGGUAUUUGGUACAACAAAAUCCCGGUGCAAACUAUUGUAUGGGUGGCUAACAGGGAGAAACCAAUAUCUGAUCCAGCCUCAUCAAGCCUGACGAUCUCUGACGACGGAAAUAUUGUCAUCCGUCAGUCCAAAUCGAUUGUCUGGUCAAGCAAUUCAACCAAUGAAGCUUUUAACUCCACCAUUGCUGUGCUCCUUGACACAGGGAACCUAGUGGUUAGACACAAGUCCAACAGCUCCCAUGUGGUCUGGCAAAGUUUCGAUGAUAUGACAGACACAUGGCUCCCAGGUAAUAAGCUCAGUUUUAACAAGGUGACUGGUGUGUCCAACCGGAUCAUUUCUUGGAAAAACAAUGGUGAUCCAGCACCAGGAAUGUUCACCGUGGAGAUGGAUCCAAAUGGCUCAAAGCAAUACAUCAUCCUAUGGAAUAGCUCCAUGGUGUACUGGGACACUGGCAACUGGACCGGCAGCUCAUUUCCUAACAUGCCGGAGUUGUCGCGUGCAAAUACCUAUCCCAACACCCCAUACACUUAUCAGUUUGUUGACAAUGACCAGGAAACAUACUUCACCUACAAUGUCACCGAUGACAGAAUAUUAUCAAGGCAUGUCAUUGGAGUGUCGGGUCAAACCCAGUCUUCUGUAUGGGUGGAGGCUGCACAGGCCUGGGUGGUCUAUUUUUCACAACCAAAGGCCAACUGCGAUGUGUAUGGAUUUUGUGGAGCUUACAGCAAGUGCAGUGGGAGUGCCCUGUCAUCAUCGUGUAGCUGCCUCAAGGGCUUCAGUGAGCGUGAUCCAAAUAGUUGGAAUCUGGGCGACCCAACUGCAGGCUGUAGGAGAAAUGUCCAGUUGCAGUGUAGCAGCAAGGGCUUGGAGAAAGAAAAGCAGGAUAGGUUCUAUACAAUCAACAGUGUGAAACUGCCUGACAAAGCACAAACUAGUAUUGAGGGUACCAGCAAUCAGAACUGCCAGUCAGCUUGCCUGAACAAUUGUUCAUGUACCGCUUACUCUUAUAAUGGCACAUGCUCACUUUGGUAUGCGGAACUUCUGAAUUUGCAAGACACCAUUGACGGUUCUCUGGAUAACAUUCAUAUAAGGGUAGCAGCCUCUGAGUUACCAGAUUCAAGAACCAAGAAACGAUGGAUUGCCAGAGUUGCCGUUGGUGGAGUUGCUGCUCUAGGUUGUGCAGCGAUCGCUUUAUAUUUCCUUCUCCGCAGGAGGAGAAGAAUUAACAGUAUGAAUCUUGCUAAGGGAUCGCUGAUCAGCUUUAAAUACAAUGAUCUGCAGUUCCUUACCAAAAAUUUCUCUGAGAUAUUGGGUGUGGGAGCUUUUGGCUCUGUGUUCAAAGGAGUUCUACCAGACACAACUAUAAUGGCGGUGAAGAAGCUAGAGGGCCUCCGCCAAGGGGAGAAGCAAUUUCGGGCUGAAGUGAGUACUAUUGGAACAAUUCAGCAUGUCAACUUGAUUCAACUACUUGGUUUUUGUUCCGAAGGAACGAAGCGGUUGCUUGUCUAUGAGUAUAUGCCCAAUGGUUCAUUGGAUCAUCAUCUGUUUAGGAGUAACCGUGCGCCUUUAAGUUGGAGCACAAGAUACCAAAUCGCGACCGGAGUUGCACGGGGAUUAACUUACCUGCACGAGGAGUGCAGGGAUUGCAUCAUACAUUGUGAUAUCAAGCCAGAAAAUAUAUUAUUGGGUGAAUAUCUAAUCCCAAAGGUGGCAGACUUUGGAUUGGCAAAGCUCCUUGGCCGAGAUUUUAGUAGGGUUUUAACAUCAAUGAGAGGCACCAUAGGGUAUCUUGCACCUGAGUGGAUAAGUGGUGAGGCUAUCACAACAAAGGCUGAUGUUUUCAGCUACGGAAUGAUGCUUUUUGAGAUUAUAUCUGGCAAGAGGAACAAUAUGCAUACUGGCACAAGUGCAAAUACAUUUUUUCCUAUGUUGGUAGUGAGGAAGCUAGUGGAAGGAGAUGUGCAAACAUUGAUUGAUUCUGAACUUGUCAAUGAUGUGGACCUAAGGGAGCUUGAAAGGGCAUGCAUGGUUGCCUGUUGGUGUGUUCAAGACAGUGAGAGCUCCAGGCCAACAAUGGGGGAAAUUGUUCAGAUCCUAGAAGGGUUGGUUAAUGUUGAAAUGCCGCCUGUUCCAAGGUAUCUUCAAGUUCUUGCUGAAGGUGUAAAACCGUCUGAAGUUUCUAAUCUUUCAUGA